AUGCGUUUCUCCACCAUUUCCACAGGCCUCCUUAUGGCCGGCGCUGCCAUUGCCACUCCUACCCAGAAGCGCACCGACAUUGAUCUUGACCUCGCUCUCGGCCUCGACCUCGACCUCACAACCGUCCCCGUCGUGAACGUCGUGACCGCCAUCGCCGAUAAGAUCGAAGUCGAUGCCGAUAUCAAGAUCAACGCUGCUGCCGUCAAGGCCCUCGUUGACGUCAACCUUAACCUGGGCGGACUCCUGAGCUGUGUCGUUAACGAGCUGCCCGCCGAUGUGACCGCACGCCUCUUCAUCGGCGGUACUUCCUCCACUGGCUCUGGUCCUUCCACUAUCCGGGUCACCCGCACCACUUACGCUACCCCCACUGCCGGAUGCGCCGCUGUCCAGAAGCGCGACGUUGCCGUUGCCGCCGGUGUUGAGGUUGGCGUUGAUGUUGACGUUGAGGUCGACGUUGAGCUCCUCGUCAAGCUGCCCAUCAUCAACCUCAUCACUGUGCUUGUUCAGCGGGUGUCUGUCGACGUUGAUGUCAGCGUUCUCUACGCCAGCCUCAAGGUCCUGGCUGAGGUUGACCUCCAGGCUAUCUUGACCUGCCUUGUUGCCAAGCUGGACAUUGGUGUCGCUGUUAGCGCAUCUGCUUAA